AUGAAAAUCGCAAUCGAGGGCUGCUGCCACGGCGAGCUCGACGCGAUAUACGCGCAAAUCGGCGCACUAGAGCAGCGGAACAAGUACAAAGUCGACCUGCUCCUCAUAUGCGGCGACUUCCAGGCGGUCCGCAACCACCGCGACCUCCAGUGCAUGGCCGUUCCAGACAAGUACCGCCAGCUCGGCGGCUUCUACAAGUAUUAUACUGGCGAGAAGGCCGCACCGGUGUUGACCAUCGUCAUUGGGGGAAACCACGAGGCGUCGAAUUACCUCUGGGAGCUGUAUCACGGCGGUUGGCUUGCGCCAAAUAUCUACUUUCUCGGCCACGCCGGAUGCGUCCAAGUCAACGGAGUCCGUAUAGCGGGCGCAUCGGGUAUAUUUAAGCCUCAAGAUUUCCGACAGGGCCACUGGGAGCGCGUACCCUACAACCACGGCUCGAUGCGCAGCAUCUACCACAUUCGCGAGUUCAACGUCCGCAAGUUAUCACUCCUGUCCUCCCCGACCAUCUUUCUCUCACACGACUGGCCGCAGUCCAUCGAGCAUCAUGGGAACCUCCCCGAGCUCCUCCGGCGCAAGCCGUACUUCCGCGAGGACAUCAAGAAGGGGGCGCUCGGCUCUCCGCCCAUGAUGGGCCUCCUGCACACGCUGCAGCCCGAAUGGUGGUUCGCCGCGCACCUACAUUGUCGGUUCGAGGCGCGCGUCGUGCACGAAACGGCGAGCGGAGCGAGUAUAGGGACGUCUGCUGUAGAUAAGAACCCCGAUGAAAUUGCCAUCGAGGACGACGAUGACGAUGACGAGAAGGCCGGAACGACGGAAGCUGAGGCAGAGGUGUCCCCCAUAAAUAACGGUGACGUCGCGGCGGCUCCACGGAACUCCGACGAGAUCGUGCUCGAUGACGAAGAAGAAGACAUCGUUGCUCCGCCCCCCGCACCACUUCCGCCAGCUGAGACGAAGUUCCUCGCGCUCGACAAGUGCCUGCCGAGGCGGCAAUUCUUGGAGAUCGUCGAUGUCCCCGUUCCUGCUUCCUUUACCCCUCCGUCGAACAGCAGUGGACCAGUGCUCGCGUACGACGCGGAGUGGCUCGCGAUCACGAGGGCGUUCCAUCCGUACAUGUCUGUCAACCGUUCGCAAAUUCCGUUUCCAGACGAGGCGCAGGCUCGAGAGGCGGUACGGCGCGAGCUGGAGUGGGUGAGGAGUAACGUGCUUGAAGGCAAUAGGGAGAAGAGCGUAGAUGAGUGUCAGCAGUUCGUGAUGACGGCGCCUGCCCCGGGUUCGGAGGGUGCGGCACUGAAGCAACAACCGCCGCAUUAUCCGAACCCACAGACCGCCGCGUUCUGUGCGAUGCUGGGUAUCGAGAACAGAAUCGACCCGCCGCCGUCUUUGUCUUCCCACCCGUCUCAUGUCCCUACUGAUUAG